UAUAUAUAAGUUACAUACAGCUAUAUGAAUUAUAACUGCUCUAAAGUAUUUUAAAGUGUACUUCUUUUUGAAUUUAUGAUCUACUGACUGAUUAUAAACACACAGACACAGACACACACAUACACACACACACACACACACAUACAUUCAUACAUACAUACAUACAUACAUACAUACAUACAUACAUACACACAUGCAUAGUUUAUUAAUUUAUUCAAAGCUGAGAGAGAAAGAGAAAGGAGAACCACAUGUAUAUAUAUAUAUAUAUAUGUAUGUAUAUCUUAACAAGUACAGAUUUACAAGAUAUAUAUAUGAAAAAGAAGGGAACAAGGAAGCAAGUGACAAAUUGUUGGAGACAGAAAUUUUGUAAAUACAGUUAAACGAAUGAAAGUAAAGAAAUUAAUGACACUCAUCUCUAAGAACAUUUGAUAUAGAAAUUCUAAUCAACUUAAUUUACAAAAGAUCUUAAAAAAAACAAAAAGGAAAAUUAGUAUUUGUCAAGAAGAUCCACUUCAUUCCAACUACCACCAUGUUACUUCUUUCCUGUUGGAGUAUUAUAGUCUUCAUUUGUCUUCAUUUUGCAAAUACCCAAGUCACAAUAUGGAGUGUUACAGUUUGUCUAACUAACUAUUACCGCAAAUCACUUCAGAUUAUUUUGAAUGAAAGAUAUAAAAACGUAAACUGGGAAAACCAACGAAAAUGCUUCUACACCAAUUUUGAAUUAAACAGUGGAGUAAAGCCAAGUUUUAUUGAAAUUAAUAUGAAUUAUUAUUAUGGGGCAUAUGUUGAAAAUCCAUAUCUUCCAGAAAUGUAUGGUAGCAGCUGUUCACCAAAAUGUUUUGGCAAGGUGAAUUUAAAAAAAUGGGUACAUUGGAACAUUGCAGUUUUAUUCAGUGAGAUAAAUUACUUUCCUUAUCAGUCUUUCAAAGUAACACCUGAUAGGAAACGCUAUUUAAAAUUUAGAGAAGAUUCUAGAACAUCAAAUGCAUCAUUCUUCCUUCCAAUGGAAAUGAAUACAAAAUCAAAAAUAGUGUUAGAAACUAAAGGACAAUUUUGGCUGGAGAAGAUUGUCAUACUGAAGAACAUGAAAACUUCCAAAAUAUAUUCCUGUCUUUAUCUUGAUCAUAUUUAUCAAACUCUUUACCAUGAGUGUUCAUUGACAAAUGAUUCUGUGUGGAAAAUAGAACUAACCUCUCGACAAAAACUAGUUGAAGAUAAAAAAAAAAUAUGGAUAUUUGUUGGAAUCACUGGCAGUGAAACAAACUUUUCACGACAGCUACAGUUCAAAAAGUUAGCUUAUCUCCCAACAUUUUCUGCUUUUAUCAAUUUUGGAAAUAUAAGUAUUGGUGAGACUGAAAUAUCCUUUGUCAACAAAGGCAAAUAUUUUGACAUAUUCAAAAUUGCCAUGACAAGAAUGCGUGCUGGAGAAGAAUACGGUUGUGUUAACAUAAAGACAAACUCACCUGAAUAUUCUUGUAAACUCCUGAACAGCAAAAAUUGGCUGUUGAAAAUUAUUUCUCCUGAAGAACAUGAACGAAAUUUCACUGUAGAAAUAAUUCAAGACAAGUUAUCUUCCUUCUCCAGAGACUUGUCAUGGAAUCAUCUAACUAUAUAUGGAGCUAGAUAUAUCAGAUAUUUUAAUCUGAAGACAUAUGAAGAGGGUGAAAUCACAAGUCUGAAACUCCAUUUCGUUGGUAAAUCUCUGAAAAUCAAUGAAGUAAAUUUGAUCAACAAUUUCACAGAGUAUAAAUUCAAAACAAAUGAAGGAAACAAAACUCAGGAUAACUUGGUGACAGAAUUUAUCCGAACAAUAAAAGAGAAACAAGAGAAACGUGAGAAAAUACAUUCUAAUGAAUCAAAUCUCAUCAUGAAAAUAGUUGUUGGCCUCUUUGGAGUCAUCAUAUUAUUCUUGAUCAUCAUCAUCAUCAUACUCAUUGCCAGAAAUAAGAUGUCCAGUAACAAGAAAGUAAGCAAAGAUAACAUCUCAACUCUUCAAGUCGCUGGUGAAUUUAAUAACCAUCUCUCUACACGAGAUACUAAUUCAGUUGCUAUCAGUGAACCCAGAUUGGAAUUUUGCUCUCUACAACAAGAUUCUCUAGAUAUAUAUGAAAACCUGGAUGCAAAAUCAAACGCAGCAUCUUUUGAAGUUGUUGAUUGUGAUUUAUAUGCAAUGCCAGAGCCAAGAAGACCUGCUCAACCUGCUCAACCUGUUGAUAAUUUUGAUAAUCUUGAUAAUCCGGAUAUUGAGCAACUUUAUACACAGCCUAUCAAAUAUAUAUGCAGAUGAAAUUUCCAUGUUUAGCAAUUUGAGUUUUUUCUUCAAAUUUUGCCAGUUUUUGUUUUUUCUUCAGUGAUGUCAUUAUAAAGAAUAUUUGAGAAAUAUACUACUUAAUGAAUAAUUUUUAAAUAAUAUAUUGAAUAACUUGUCAUUAUUUUUAACUGAAAAGAAUUCUAAGAAUUAAAAAAUUUUUAAAGAAA